CUCCUUUAUCAAUUCUUCAUGUUUUGCAAAUUAAACAGUUUGAGGAUUAAAUUUCACAUUUACUAAGAAAUAUUUGAAUGUCACUAUAUUGAAUUAAGCAGCACAAACUUGUAAUUAUUUAAAUAUACUUUAACAAGUGAGUUACUCAUCUUCAUAAUACCCUUCUAUACAAUUGCAGGUUGGUGGACUAGUUCUCUUUUUAUGAUCGCAGAUUUGGCAAUUAUUUGCUUCAAGCACACAGGUUUUACAUCUGAAAUUGCAUUUUUAGCAUUAAAUUAUGUGCAUCAUCAAAAUAACCUUCUCUACAAUCACAUUACCCAGAUAAAGGCUUGUGAUUUGAAUUUAAUUCAAAACUAAAACUUAAACAUUUAUCGCUCUAAUUAACACAAGUUUAACAUUUAAUAUGACAUUCAAUUAUAAUAAUUGGAAUUUACUUUAACAAAAUUAUUCCUAAUCUUGGUAAGAUCCACUAAUACAAGGACGUUUGUGGAUUAUAGAUUGAUCAGUUCUCUUAGCAUCAAUACACAAAAAUUAAUGGUAAUUUUGA